AUGGCCGCCGUUCAACUCAAGUUCUCCCUCCGGACCUCGUCCAACGUCAAGACCGUCCAUCUGGUCGGAUCCUGGGACAACUACUCUCGCCAGCUGCCCCUGUCCGCCGAGGACAAGCCCGGUGCCUGGGUUGGCAAGUUCCGCUUCCAGACUUCCAUGCUGCAACUCGGAGGUCGCUACUGGUACUACUACAUCAUGGAUGGCUACCACGUCUCGCACGACCCCGCCGUCGAGUACACCGUCGAGCCCACCACCGGCCGCAAGCUCAACAUCCUCGAUGUUCCCGUCUGCCCGUCGCAGCUCAACCGUCGCGACUGGUCGUCCCUCUCGCCCUCCAAGAUCCACCACCCCAAGCCCAGCAAGCCCUACGCUUCCCGUCAGCUUCGCGAGGCCGAGUACGCCCCCACCGUCGACGACCUGACCCGCCGCUUUGCCGGCUCUCGUCUGUCCGAUGAGUACUCGUACUCGAACAGCCCACCUUCCUCGGCUGGUUCCUCACUCUCGUCUCGCUCGUCGGGCUCGACCUCUCCCUCUUCGCUGUCCUCCAUGAGCGACCCCCCAUUGCAAUGCCGAUGCGAACGCUACGGAAUCACCCGCAAGGGUGACCGUGUCAAGCUUGACUGUGGUGGUUCUCGCUGUGGGUACGUCACCGAGUCCAGUGAGGCAAGCUGCUCCGAAUCCGAGGACAGCGAUGAGGAGUACCGCCGUGCCCGCAGUGCUGUUCGUCGCCAGGGUAUCGUUGUCCGCAGGUAG